UACUGGAUGUGGCCGCAAAUAUUUUGGAAGCAUCAACUACGACAUACGAUGCUAUACAAUACAAAACCAAUGGAAGCUUUGAUCAAGAAAUCAAAAGGAGCCGGUCACUGUUCUACAAUGUCUAUGAAACCAUCGAAAGCUCUCUGACAGUGGUGAACAACAUGGAGGUGCCCGGAGGCAAGCCGGCGCUCUUCGACACGCCCGAUAUUUCUUUCGUGGCCAUUGUUUUGUCCGCAAAGAAAAACGGGAGCAUCGACUUCCCCAUCACCAGCUAUGCCAAUGCCAGCAUCGUCCCGAACCUAACUUCCUCCAGAGUGGUUCCCAAGGCCCUGCCGCUGCAGGUCACGACGUUUCGUAAGAGUCCGUUCUUUUGGAACAGAACAACUUUCGUCAACAGCUCUGUGGUCGGCUUCCAGAUCCGCAACACCACCAAGACACUUGGCCUGAACUCGGUGAAGGUCUCCAUAGAUCAAGCCACCUUGGGCCAGAAUAUCCUCAACAUCACGCAUGUAUGCAAUGACUCCACGUCCACAAGCUUCCUCCGAUUCUCGCUGGUAUCCCCAGGUGAGAUGGUGUUUAUCAGGAUCUUCCUAAGCGAAAACGUCAGCACUGCCGUUCAUGUGUACAUCAAGCUCGGCGCCGUCCCGCAGAUGGAUCCCGUGAGCAAUGAUUUCUACUUCAUUAUCAAUGCGUCCUCGACCUCCAAUAGCAGCAGUGGCGCGAAGACGACUAAUAGCUCUGGGCACAGCUUCGUCAUGCAAGGGAGCGACACGAGAGUGGGCAUCUACUACAUGAUCCUCAAAUACGCGGAUGGUGACUGUCAAGAAGUGACUAAAGUGAGCAUCCUAAGCUUAACAUGCAAAUUAUGGAAUCGUACAACAGAUGGAUGGAAUGCCGGAUCUCUACAGGUGCACCCGGAAUCAACUCUGAGCCGGUGUUUGUGCUCGGCUCAGGGCAGAGUCCCCGGGUUCCCUCCGACCAUGCUUGGGCCUCUCUUCAUCGGAGCCGCCAUCUUCGUUCCUCCCAAUGCCAUCGACUUCAGCAGCGUGUUCACCAAGUUUGACCUCAAGAACAAUGGCGCCGUCUUCGCGACUGUCGUCACCGUCCUCAUAAUUUACCUGAUUCUGAUGUUCAUGCUGCUGCCCUAUGAUCGCAGGGAUUGGAAAAUGUGGAAGCUGCUUCCAUUGAAGGACAACCCGGAGGAGAGCUUGUAUCAUUAUCUGAUAACCGUGAAGACGGGAAUGUUGACCGACGCUGGGACUAAAGCCAAUAUCUUCUUCAUCAUCCACUUUGAGGACAGCGACACGGGCAUCCGGCAUCUCGAGAACAGUGAAUGCAAGGAAUUUAUCCAGGGCGGUGUGCGCUGCUUUGUGCUGUCCACCACGCGAUACUACGGGCGGCCCAUCCAGCUCAGGAUUUGGUUGGACACGAGCGGUGAUGACAUUGGCAACAAGAGCUGGUUUCUCAGCGAAGUUGUACUGUGUGACACCAGAACGGAUGAACAGUUCUACUUCGUGUGCAACAAUUGGCUGGCGGUAGAUCAGGGGGACGGGCGCGUGUGCAGGGACAUCACGGUGAGCGACCACCAUGCCGUGUUCGACUCCAAGAGGCUGCUUGCCUCCACUGUGAAAAGCAACUACGCCGAGGGCCACAUGUGGAGCUCCAUUUUCUUCCGUCCAUCUAAGAGCAACUUCUCACGAUUGGAGCGGCUGUCAAGCUGUGUGUCGUUGCUUUUCCUCAUGAUGCUCGUCAAUGGCAUGUGGUUUGAGACGGACACGGGCGGCGCCAGCGCCCCGCACAUAGGGCCCUUCACGUACGGUGAGCUCUUUGUCAUGAUCGCGAGCGCCCUCAUGGAGGUCCCUAUCAGCAUCCUUAUUGUCCAGAUCUUCCGCCGCACGGGCCACAAGCCCUGGAAGAAGGCGGGGGGAGGAGGAGGGGGCUGCACGUCCCAUCAGUUCCCGCAUUGGACCCUGUACAUCGCCUGGACGCUGGUGGUUCUGGUAAUCGGGACGAGCGGCUUCUUCACCAUCCUCUACAGCAUGGAGUGGGGCCCCGAGAAGGCCAACCGCUGGCUCGUGCGCUUCCUCACCUCUUUUUGCAUGUCCGUCAUUCUCAUUCAGCCCAUCAAGAUUCUGGGCCUUUCGGUCGCGGGCAUGGUGAUGGCAAAAAGAAAGAGAAACAUGGACGAUGAGCACACCCGGUUAUACCGUACAGAUGAAAAGUGCCCAAAACAGGCAUCAGAAGAAAAAAGAGAGUCAGAGGACAGUUAUGUGGAGCUGCCUGAGCUGGACUACGUAGAGCCCCCCCCACAGGCCGAGAGCUUGGCGAUGCUCACAGAGACGUCGCGCCAGGAGAGGGAGGCCUCGGCGAUCCUCAGCAGUGCUGCGCUGCACGCCGCGUUCACGCUCGCGCUGCUGCUCAUCGUGUACACUCGCGUUGACGGCCAUGCCUUCCACAUGCACCGCCAGAUGAAGAGGAUCUUCACUGAAAGCUCAUUUGACAGGGCAAGGAGAACACCCGUUCCCUGUAUUUUCUCUCACUAACCCAUUUGUUUAUACAAUCUGGGAGGAGCAGCUUUGCGGUGGUUAGUGCACCACAAUAUGAAUCCGACGAGAUGAGUUCGAUUCCCCACCAUGGCUAACAUCAGUGGCGAGUGGUGAAAUCGAACCGGUAUUGGACCACCCUUGUUCCCCGCCCCCCUUUACUAACACAUCAUUAGCAUAGGACCACGUGGAGCUGCAGGUGUGUGGAGUGAGAGGAGGGAAAUGUGUGGAAUAGCAGUCGGAGUAUGGAGUGAGGAAGGGAAUGUGAAGAGCAAGCGGGAGGUGCAUGGAGAGGUGGGACAUUCGUGGAGUGAGCAAAGGGAGAUUUGUGGAAUAAGAGUUUAAUAUGUGUGGCAUAAGAGGAGGAAGAUAUAUGCAGUGACAAAUUGGACUGGUGGGGCAUGAGAGGUGGGUGAUGCACAAAUAAGCAGGAGA